AUGUUCCGCAACUACCAGCCGUGGGUUAUCGCCACGUACGGCGACUCGGCCAAGACGAAGACCAUCACGCUUCGCAAGCACGCGCGCAUCUUGAGGACGCUCCGCGGCGAGGAGACCAAUUCGGUGGAAAACUCCAAGUUCCGCUUCUGGGUGAAGGCGAAAGGUUUCCGCAUGGGCCGACCGCCGGGUUACGUCCCCAAACCCGCCGACUCCAUCGUGGGCACCCAAGCGCUGCCCGGGCAGUCGCCCCACGACGAACCACCGCUCUACGUUCCAGUCGCCACAGCCAAGAGCUGGGCAGGCGGCGUAGCUACUGUGUUAGCGGCGGCGGCGGUAGGCGAGGCGGCAGCUGACGUUUUGCUGGCUGCGCCGAGCCGAGCUGUGCUGCGUGCCGGCGGGUGGGCGGCGCGCCACUUCCGCACGCACCGCACGCGCAGCUGCACCUGGAUAGGCGGGUGUGCCGCCGCCGCCGCCUCUGCCGCCCGUGGCCGUAUCUGCUAUCGAUCGGCGCGCGGCGUCAGCGUCGGCGUCGGCUGUGGCGGCGUCGCUAUUACGGGGCGCGCGCUGUCGGGCCGGCGGGCCAGCCCGCCUGCUGCCGCCGCCGCCGCCGCCGUUCCGACUGGCUGGCUUUCCGGCCCACUGGCCUUCCUGUGGUGGGGGGUGGGGGGAGCGCGGCGCUGGCGCUGUGCGGCUUCCGCCGGCAAGCCCGCCGCCCGCCUGGCUGCUCGUAAAUUGCGCCUUGCCGCCGCCGCCGCCGCCGCCGCCGCGGACGCGUCGCUGGAGCACGUUGAGGUUCGAAUUCACGGCCGUGGACGACAGCUUAAGGCCUCCGAAUGUCGAGGAGUGUCGCUGUCGCGAGUGGAAACUCCAGAGUUCUUCCCGCGUGUAAGAAGUCCUGCGCGAGAGGUGCGCGGCGGAGUAGACGGCGUGGGGUGGGGAAGGCAGACAGGCAGAGGCGUGGAGCGCUGUCGGCGGCCCGUAGCGGGACGGCCGAGCGUGGCGCGCGCACGCCGGGGGCGGAAGGGGCGGCGGAGAUCGAUAGCGGCGGCGGCGGCGGCGAUGGGGGCCCAGCGUGGCCUCGCCUCGCCCCUGCACGGCGCCGUGGCCCGCGGCACCUCAAAGCGGCCGCCCGCCGCAGCUCGCCCUGGCCGGCCGCGCGCGCUACCUCACUGCUCCCUGCCGCCGGCCUAA